UCACAUAAGUAUUGCUACGUAACCUACUUGAUUGUAGCCAUUUUAUGGCUUUCUUAUAGGCCAGGAAUAGAAAGCUCUAUUGAAAUAUUAUCUUGUUGUUUGAUUAACUUUCCAAAAUCUAAGACUGCGUGGCCUUCUGAUCUUUUGCUCAAAUCGUGCAACCCAUGCAAUCUCCACUUUAGUUCUUAACAUGAAGUAGAGAAAUAAGACAUGAUGUGAAGCAUAUAGUAGUUUUUAGUUUAAGAAAUCAUAUAUUGGUACCUUGUAGGAGGAGAUGAAAUAUUUUCUGGCCUCCUUACUUUCAAUUCUCUUGAAAACUUGAACCAUUAACAAAUAAAAAGUAUUGAUGGAGGCAUGAAGCAAAGUUGUGCUGGAUUUUAAGCUUUUGGCAUCAUAUAUAGUAUAUAAUGGAAGAUAUUUCUAAUGAGAUGGGGAAUCAUGGUGCUCCAUAUCUGCUCCCAAUUUUUGAUGGUGCGAAAUGAACUUUUGACGGUAGAUUGAAGGCUCCAAUCUCUGCAUGAAAAUUUAAAAACAUACUAAAUCAUACAAUUCUCUAGGAUGAUUAUUUUAACAACUAUAAUUAUAAUAUUUAUUUUCACAUAUCACUGUAUUUCUCUUUUACGUGUAUUGCUCGUAUCGGAGGAAAAAAACAGUUUUUUUGCAUGAAUAUCCUCCUAAAUAUCAAAUUUUGCAUGAAUACCCUCCAAAAUUGAUAUUUGCAUGUAUACUUUCGUAAAACACUCGUUUUGUUUCUUUAUUCUUUUUUAUUUUUGUUUUGGCAUAUGUACCAACGCCAUCUAAUGCCGUUAAAAAAAUAACGGUUUCUAAAUUAAAAUGACUAAAGUAUUCUUAAUGGGUAGAUGUGUAAAAAUAUAUAUUUAUAAGAUGAUCACGAUGGAGAACAAAAAAGUAAUUUUAAUUUUUUUAAUUAAAAUAAUAUAUGGUUUUUAUUAACGAUGUUAGAAAAAUCGUUAUAUUAGGAGUGUUUGUGAAAAAAUAGUAUUUUAUGAGGAUGCAGAAAUAAAUAUAAAUUUUUAAAAAAUAUUUAUAUAAAUUUAAAUUUUUGGAAGAAGAAGAAGAAACAAGGAAGACGCAUGCGUUGAGUUUAACGUGCCGUUACAUUGUCGCAAGCUACAUCUCCUUUUUCCCAUCUUCCUUCCCCGCCGCGUUCUGCGGCCUCUCCGUGAUGUACCGGAAAUCCAUCGUAAGUGUAUCGAAGCCCACCUCCACUUCCAAAGCCUCCUUCCAUGGGAAUGGGCGUGGUUCAAUGCUUCUCCUCACCUCCUUUUGCUCUUCCUUCCAAACCCUUGCAAUCCCCCAUUCUCCUCCUCCUCCUCCUCCUCCACUGUCACCCAUCUCCAACUCCCUCCCCUCGCUCCUCCCCCUCUCCCUCAACCCUUCCAACACCACCGUCGACCUCAUCUGCUCUCGUCUCAAGCAUCGCCACCACCAACCCAUCCCCCCUCCUCUCCAUUUAAAACAAGAAGCCCACCUCCUCCCUUAUCUCGGUCCCCAAGAAAUCUCUCGCGUCCUCCUCCGCUCCCAGUCUCUCCCCCUCCCCUCCCUCCACUUCUUCCGAUGGGCUCAAUCCCAUCUCACCCCGCCGCCCGCCUCCGACAGCUACUGCAUCCUCGUCCACAUCCUCACCUGGUCCUGCCGCUUCUCCCACGCCCUCGAAAUCCUCGCCCAGCUCCUCCAAACCCACCCCCACCUCGACGCCUUCCAAGCCGUCGUCGCCGCCUCCGCCGCCGGAUGCAACUGGGACCCCGCCGUCUUCGGCAUGCUCGUCAAGGUCCAGGUCAAGCUGGGCAGAAUCGUCGACGCCCUCGACACCUGCCGCCGGGCCGUCGACCUCGGCUUCGCCCCCGACGCCAAUGCCUUCAACUGCCUCCUAAACUCCCUGGUGAGAGCCAACCGCCUUGGACACUGCUGGGAGGUCUAUGGGGAGAUGAGGAGGAUCGGAGUCUCCCCCAACUCCUACACGUUCAAUAUUCUCAUCCAUGCGCUGUGCCGCGGCGAGGAGGACGCUGGCAAAGCGAAGGAGUUCUUGGAGGAGAUGGAGUUGGAAGGGUUCGAUCCUGAUGUGGUCACCUACAAUACUCUGAUCGACGGGUACUGCAGGAGGGGCAGAUUGGACGAGGCCUUCUAUCUGUUCCGGAUCAUGCACCGCAGAGCGGUCGAGCCUGAUUUGGUCUCCUACACGGUUCUGAUGAAUGGGCUGUGCAGAGAUAGGAGGGUGGUCGAGGCACACCAGCUGUUCAACAGAAUGCUUCAGAGAGGUUUGAGCCCGGAUGGCUGCUCGUACAGUGUUCUUAUCCAUGGUUACUGUAAAGAAGGUCAAACGAGGGAGACGAGGUCGCUGCUGCAAGAGAUGAUUUCGGAAGGUUUGAUGCCGGAUAGCUUCACCUGCAGAGCAAUCGUGGAAGGGCAUGUGAAGUGUGGGAGAUUGCUUCCUUGUCUAAACUUAAUUGCGCAGCUCAGGAAGCUUGGGGUUGCUAUCUCAUUUGGUAUGUAUAAAUGCCUUUUCGAAGCGCUGUGCAUGGAGAAGAGGCCGAAUGCGGCGAGAAGUCUGUUGAGUUGGAUGCUAGAUGAUGGGCAUGAGCCCACUCUGGAGAUCUAUAACCUGCUUAUCGAUUCCUUUUGCAAUUGUGAUGGUGUAUCAGAGGUUUUUGAUUUAAAGAAUGAAAUGAUCGACAGAUGUAUCAGGCCUGAUCGGGAGACGUAUCGGAUCCUUGUAAGCUGCCUUUGUAGAUUAGGUAGAAUUUUGGAGGGUGAAUGCUUGGUGAUGGGGAUGAUUGAGUUUGGUCUCAGGCCAGAUUCUGCUAUAUGUGCUGCCUUAGUUUGUGGGUGCUGCAGGGAGAGAGAUUUUAUUAAAGCAGAAUCACUUCUGAAGUACUUUGCAGAAAGGUUUCAGAUUUAUGACAGCAAAAGUUACAAUGCUCUAAUCAGGCUAUACUGUGAGGAGAAGCACAUGACUGAGACAUUGGAGCUGCAGGAUAGGAUGGUUAAACUGGGUUUCGUGCCGAAUAGUGAGACAUGCAAGUCUUUGAUCUAUGGAUUGUCAAGAAGUCAUAGUUGUGGAUAAGUUGUGGGGUUAGAAUUUCAACUUGAUCAGUCAUAUACCUGAAGAAAGAAAAUUUCAGAUGCCCAUAGAAGAACAUGUACAUCAGAAUUGUCGGAAAAUACUCUUUUCUCAUUGUUCGGGAUGGGAACCAAAGAGGGCUCCACUUCUGAAUUUUUGCUGACAAAGAAAAUGGUAUGCAUCCGUCUACACCAUUAAAGUGGUCAGAAUCAACAGUUAGGAGGUGGCGGCCUUGCGGUCCAAUAAGUGAAGAACCUUGGAGCAUUGUCUCCAUACAUCUGCGGACUGACCUGUGUAAGAAGGCAAAAAAGAAACAAUUGGUAGUUAUUGGUACCAUAUGGGAUAAGAAAGUUACUGAUGAAUUUGAAGAAACCUCAAUGAAACAGGCUCCUCGCUCAAAAGGAAGAUAUUUGAAUUUACAUUUUUAAUGACUCAACUAAAAGUUGAAAUCUGCAUGAAGCUAUCAAGCUAUUUGAAUACAUGUAUGCCUUCUUUUGUAUAUAUCAAGUUCUAUUAUCCUCACAUCAAAAGCACCCCUCCCUCCAACUUUAAACCCACACACAAGAAAAAAAAGAAAAGAGAAGAAAAAAAAGAGACAACUAGCAGUUUCAGUGACAAUUAUAGUGUAAAGGUUUAAAGAAGCAACCAAAUGCUUUUUUUCUUAAAUUGAGAAUUGUGACCGAAGUAGUUGCUUUUAUUUGUAGUUAUGUGACAUAAAUGAUGGAACUGUUAGUCCUGAAUAUGAAAUUUCAUUCAUGAAAAAUAGAAGCUGUUUCAGCAAGACCUUUUAAGUUGUAAUACACUGAAAUUUACUGAAAUCCUUCAUCUGAUCUAUAGUUCUGUUUC